AUGAACGUCUCAUACGGGCUACCUCGCGACAGGAUGCUGCAGACAGCCAGUGCUGAACUGGGGUCGCAGGAAUGGUAUCAGCCAGCGGAGGGUCUCCUGGGGGUUGAGGGGUCCAACCGCAUCUGCCGAAUGGCCUCAAUCGACUUCCCAGAUCAAGCCACCGAUCAGUUCCAGGAUGGUCUUGCUGGUAUCGAUUUUGCAAUGUGGAAGCUUGCUGAAGCCGUUGGCCCCUUUCAAGACGAGUUGGGCUUCCGGUGCUGUGGGCGAAGCAUCGGCUUCCUGCAUCAGGCGAGCGAUCCAGACUUAGAAGAAGCGGAGCUGACCGACCAAGAGGCCAGUGAUUGGAGCGCAAUAUUCACUAGCAGAAAGAUCAUGAUCCUUGUGUUUUUGGGUCCAGGCAAAGGAACCCUAGAGAUGCAACCCUAUGACGAUGAGGCCAAUGUAUCCGAGAUCACUACGGUGCCUGGCCUUGUCGUGGUUCUUCGAACCGACCAACUCUCCUUCAAGUUUUUCUGCAGAGGUCGAGAGGCGACGCAUGUGGCGAGCUCCUUUAUGCUGCAAAACGAUGUUUUGCGCAUGCAUCGCAACAAGUUAGAAGCACAUCUCACUCCUGCCGCACAAGAGUUAGACCAAUGGAUCGACCAGCGGCUCAGGGAGAUUAAAGAGAUGGAGGACGAGCCGACUGAGGAUUGGAAGACCGAAGUGCCCAGGAGCUUCAUCCAUGCUGCGAAUCGUACAUGGUUCAAGCGCCAAACCACAGUGGUCAGGGGAGCCGCAGCGAGGCUUCCGGUGACAUGGGAGCCAGAGGUGUUCUUCCUCGGUCUGACGUCAGGUGCUGACACGGUGAUCGAAGUACCGAUCAUGCGAUGGGAGCACGACACAGUGUAUGACCCUUCGCCCGACUGCUGGAAGAAGGAUCCUCCCAAAACCAAUUGCAGGCAUGCCUCAUUUAUUGAUGGAGUGGACCUCUUUGACAACAAGCUCUUUGGCUUGUCGCUCGCAGAGACCAAAGGUAUGGAUCCGGGGCAGAGGCUUGUCUUGGAGGUCACAUACGACUCUCUCUACAGGAGCGGAAUGAAGAGAAGUAACUUGAUCAACUCCACCGUCGGAAUGUACGUCGGCACCUCACAGAGUGAAUGGAACCAAGCGGAGAAAGCCGCCGAUGUGGGCAUUUUCGGGGCUACGGGAGGAGCCCCCAGUAUCACCGCCGGCCGCUUGAGCUUUUGCUUGGGCUGCAAGGGCGCCUCUUUAGCCAUUGACACCGAGGCGGCCUCUGGCCUGUCUGCGGUCUUCUGGGCGGCUGAGUCCGUCGAAAAGAAGGGCGCCGGACACAUCCAGGAAGCGGCCUGUGGAAUUGGUGUGCACUUGUGCCUCGCCAAGGCCUGGUGGCCUGCGCAUACCGCUGCGGGCUUCCUGUGCCCUGGUGGUCGAUGUUUCACUUUCGACUCCAGUGCGCAGGGCCACGUGAGGUCGGAGGGUGUGGGCACUAUGGUGCUGAAGUGUCAAGAGAAGAUGGAAGCAAUGGAGGUGAAGGACGAUCAGUUGAACGUCGGCACACUGGUGGGUGGAGCCACCCAAAACAGUGGCAAGAGCGCGGGAAUGAGUGCUCCAAAUGGACCAGCAGAGCAGGCGGUGCUGAUUGAGGCCUGCCGCAAGUCUGGCAUCAUGGCCUUGGAUGUGGACGUGGUGGAGUGCCAUGGUUCAGGGCGUUUCAUCGCAGAUGCCGUGGAGGCUGCUUCUUGUGGUCGCGCACUUCGUGAUGGAGCAGAUGCAGAUCAAGAUGCCGAGAUGCUGCAGCUGUGCAGUAUGAAGUCGAACAUUGGCAAUUGCAUCGAGACAUCCGGCAUUGCCUCCUUGAUCAAGACUUUGCACAGCAUCAGGUGGGGCAUUGUGUGCGCCAACAACCACUUGAACCAGCUGAAUCCACAUUUGGAUCUUUCGAGCUGUCCGUUGUUGAUGUGUACGGAGCCCACCGAGCAGAAGCUCUCCGCCGUCUUCAUGGGUGUCUCCGCUUGGGGCUUCGGCGGCACCAACGUCCAUAUGCACUGCUAUGGUGGAGUGGAUGAGGAGAUUCGACUUCCGCCGGAACCAACUCCACAGGAGCUAAGACCGAGGCUUUCGUAUUGGCCCAGCGGUGGCGGUGACCUCGGAAGCAUGAGCCGACCACGGAGGGGAUUCUUUAUCAUUGGAUCUUGGAGCAGCUGGACGGAGCCUGAAGCCAUGGAGGAUCGGAUCUGUUACGGCUAUACCCUUGUUUUGGGAGAUGAGCGAUGGGAGCAAUUCCAGCUUCUCAUCGACAACAACUAUGCCAAGGUGCUGCAUCCACGGCGCUUCAAGGCGCCCAAGGGCACGGAGGUGUACGGCCCGACGCGCACAGAGGAGGUGAUGCAGGAGAGCACCUGGCUCGUAGACGGCCGCCCAUUCACGGCCCAGAUUCGACCCAUUGCCGAUUCACAAGGCUCUAGCGCCUUGGCGGAACGGCCUUCGCCCAUGGAGUACAAGAACGAGGAUGAAGGAAUGCCUGGUCAGCGGUACCGCAUUCGUUGGGAAGCCCAACAGGGGGAGUGGCAGUGGACCAGCGGCAUUGAAGGGGUAGGAGGUGCCGCCCGCGUGGGCGACGCGCGCACGGUUCGACCUGCGUCGGCAUGCGUCGCGGGUGUGGAGUUCGCUUUGUUUCAGACCAUCACCGAGUUCUUGGUCUUGAAGGGACCCCAAGAGGAGGACGGCUUGGAAUGGGGCCGCGAGGUCUUGCCAUCCAGCCUAGACGAUGAGCUGGGAGGACCCUUCCGGCCGGAUGUCCCUGGACGGCCUGGCUCGGCGCCUCCAAUUCUCCAUCCCGACCUCGAUGGCUUCUCCUUUCGACCCUGUGAGGCCGCCCGGAAGGCCGCGCUGGGCGUGCCGCACUUCGAUGUGCCCAUCCGCCCGCGCUCCGCGCCGACUCACCAGGACAUUCUGGAUCUGCUGGAUGACGAGGCCUGGCGCUUUGACUUGAAAGAGAAGGAUUUAAACGGUCUGUACCCAAUGCAGGCUCCUCCUGUGGUGCGAUCACCUUCACCCCUGAUGGGUGAAGGCGAAAUGCUGGCCGCGCGAGCGCGUGUCUGGGGCUUGCCCGGGGCACGUGCUUUGCAGGCGGCCGCGAUGGAGGCAGAUCGGUACACCCCUCCGCCGACACAGGUGCAUCCGGGUCUCCUUCAGUCACCGCACUCGCCCUUCGGGUCACCUGGCGUGGGCAGUGGCCCAGCGCAAGCCAGCCGCUUGGGCUACAGCGACGAGCCGGCGCUCCUCCACCCGGGCGCGGUGCGGGCCAUUGAUCCGAUUCACCGGCCCAUCAGUGCCCCGCCGCCGGAGUGCGGCCCAUCAGACCAGGCUGACUAUGGCGACAUCCGUUGUGAUCCUUUGUACCAGCAGUUCUGGCAAAUGAAGAAGGGGCAGAACGUGAAUUUGCCGAAGCCCUUGGACCCUUGCCAGGAAAUUGUGAAUCACCGGGCCAACAGUGUCACAGCGUCAGAAUUUGGGCCGGCGUCGGAAGCGACCGAGAAACCGGGUGCUCAGAAGAAUUUGGGCUUUGCACCUGCCACGGGUUUUUCCUCCUAUGGCCAUGUACCCAGAUCCCCCUCGCCACCGUGGGAUGGGGCGAUGAGUUCCCACGUGACCUCACAGGAUGGCCAAGCUGGGGUUCCAGGUGCAUCGAUUCCAGGCCUCCCGCUGGGCUCGGCCACGGCAGGGCUGGAUCCGUAUUUUGAAGCAGCGCUCGCCAGGCACCAACCUUUGCUGGGCACUUCCUUUGGGGCGGCGGGCGUGCCGGGAACAGCCUAUCCAUGGAGUCAGGUUCCCAUGAGCUUGAUGUCCCAAUCCAUCCCACCAAUCGCGGAAGAGCUCCAUGAGCGACGUGAGGAGGUGGGCCCCAAAGAGCUCUCGCACUCGGUGGUGGAGGCCAUCAACAGGGCCGCAAGAGGUCCUGGAACUGCUACCAGGUCGACACCGCCUAAGGCAGCUGCUCGGGUCGCGGAGGCGUCAGGUGUGCACGGUCCAGCUCUUAAAGCAGAGCCGGAGACGAGCAACCACAAGCCUCGGAGUAGCUUUAAACUGAAUCAAUUGGAGGAGAUGUUCAGUAACAAUACCUACAUGAGCCACGUCUACAGCAUUGCCAGAGACCAGGCAGGCUGCCGAAUGCUGCAGCACAAGCUUGAUGAGGGUGGAGUUGACAUUUUCAAUGCGGUCUUCAAGGAGGUGGCCAACCAUGCCGUGGAGCUGAUGAUGGAUCCCUUUGGGAACUAUUUGUGCCAGAAGCUCAUGGAGAUGUGCACUCCCAAGCAGCUGGAGGUCUUGGUGGAAAAGACCUUUCAUAGCUUGGUGAACAUCUCCCUGAACAUGCACGGUGCCCGUGCCGUUCAGAAGCUCAUCGACGUGGUGCGGGUCAACACGCUCUGCACGGGCCGGCUAGUGGCAGCUUUGGAAUCAUCAGUGGUUGCGCUGACAAAGGAUGCAAAUGGAAACCAUGUGGUGCAGCGGUGUUUGGAGUCACUUCCUUGUGAAGCACACGGCUUUAUCUUUAGGCAAAUCGCCCUGGAAAUGCAGGAGGUAGCUUCUCACCGGCAUGGUUGCAGGAUCGUUCAGCGUUGCAUUGAUGCGGCGGUUAGCAGUGACAGGAGCCUGCUCAUAGGUUCCAUUUGUCAAGCUUCCUUGACCCUCAUACAGGAUCCCUUCGGGAACUACGUGGUCCAGUACGUCUUAGGCCUUCAGGAGCCACAGGCCACCACCAUGAUUGUCAAUGCAAUGAUGGGAAGAUUGCAUGUGCUCAGUCGGCAAAAGUUCAGCUCCAACGUGGUGGAACGCUGCUUGCAGCUCUCUAGUGGGGAGGAUCGGGCGCGCAUGAUUGCCGAGCUGGCCGAUCCGAGGGGACUAGGGGAGCUUCUUCGGGAUGUCUAUGGCAACUACGUGGUGCAGAGCGCUUUGAACAUUGCAGUGGAGCCACAGAUCUCCUACGUUCUAGCUGCUGUGCGGCCGUUGCUACCAGCCUUGCGGAUGAGCGGGCAAGGGAGGCGAAUCGCGCAAAAGCUGGAAAAGAAGUUCCCUCAACUCCGGUCGCAUGGAGAGGGUGGCCGACAGAGUUUCGGCCCACCCCCGAACCAGGCAUGCGGAGCAGGUGCGCCGGCCGCCCAAGGCGGCGUGGAGCCAGGUUGCCCGAAGGGCGACAGCGCCUGGCGAGACAUGGCCUUCAAGACUGUUCCGGGCAAGCCUUCGGUGCACGAGCUGCACGUGGAGGCCGAUGGCUUGGAAUUCGUGGUCUGCGACAUGCAGAAGAAGUAUUGGGACAAUCCUCCUGACUGGUACGGCAAGAAGAACUACCUCAUCUCGGAAGCUGGGAAGUACUCGCUCCGGAACGGGCACUUGCGGAGGAUCCGGGACACCCCGGUGCUGGUGGUGACUGAUCUGGAUCAUACGCUGAUCGGCCACGAACGGGAUCCCGAGAACAAGCUUCUGGAGGAUUUCAAGACCACGUGGCUGGGAGAGUAUGCCCCAAAUGGCUCGGCCCUUGCCUAUUCCACUGGCCGCAACAAGAGCAUGGCCUUAGACGUGGCCAAAGAAAGGCACUUGCCGAGACCGGAGCUCUUGAUUUGUGGCGUUGGCACUGAAGUCUAUGCCAUCCCAUCGAGCCUUCCAUUGUUUGACUGGUGGGAGGCAGGAGCCUCUUUGCAGCUCAUGCCUGAAUGGAAGAGCAAAGUGCUGGAUGGCUUCGAUCGCAAAUACGUGGAGGACAUCCUUUUGGCCGCCUUUCCCAAGUUUGAGCUCCGAGGAACUCCAGAGGAUGAUCCCUACCGGAUUCCGACCGCAUAUCAGAUGGAUGAGAACUUUGAUGCGGGAAAGAGGACUCUGCAGGAGACCUUGGGAGAGAAAUAUCAGGUGAUUUCCUCCGGUCAUGGGGAAUGGAAGCUCAUCGACAUUUGCUCCUCUCAGGCAGGGAAAGGCAAGGCGCUGGAGUUUGCACAGCGAGAGCUGAAGUUUGAACCCGGGCGAACCUUGGCCUGCGGGGAUAGUGGCAACGACGAGCUCAUGUUCCGCUGCGACGGGAGCUACGGAGUGAUGGUGGCCAACUCUUUGCCAGAAUUGGUGGAGGCGAUGACCAAGAACGCCCAGGACAGCGUCCUGGCCAAGGGAAAGACGUGCGGGGCCUGAGAUGCGGGCUGCGGGGCUUCAAGAACCAUCAGUGUAUUGGAAACCAUGAGACUGCGUGACCCUCAAAAAGAGAGGACGUUUCCUGCAACCUACUAUUUGUAGGGUCAUUCUCAAAAAACCCGGUUUUUGAGUCUCAUCAAAAAUCCAUGUUUGCUGAGAAACCAUUAUGUCAUGUUUACAGACGGUCUUGCCCUUUCCCUUUUCCUUUGCCUGCUUCCCUGCUGGCGUCUUCGUGGCUGACGACGGCCGAAUGUGAGCUGCACAUCACCAUACC